AUGCCCCCAAAGCCGCGCAGAGAGCGCAAGCGUAGCGUAAGCCUGGACGAUGAUCGUAUCCUUCAAGACAACACCUCAGACUCCGACUUGCACAAUGGCCGGCCACCAAACGACCUGUCUGAUAACGACCACGAUAUUCUCGAAUCCGAAGACGAACGUGAGAAACUCUUGACGCGCAAUGAUGGCGUUUUGGGCCAAAAAGGCUCAAAUGUUAGGAUCGGCAAAUGGUCGCAGAAGAAGGAGAUGAGCGAGCGCAAAAGGGGCGGCAGCGAGGAAGAGAGGGCGUUGAUGUAUGAGAUGGAAGAAGGCGUCGGAGAUUCGAGUACGAGCUUGAGAGCGCGCAAAAGUGAGGAGAGUGACGAGCAGAGGUUACACGCAAUUGGGGAACAGAGAAAGGCAAAGCGCAUACGAAUUUGGCGGCGGAUAGGCAUAUAUACGGCAAUCGUCGCUCUGUUUGUUCUACUUCUCAUUGCCUCAUACCGUCUUUCGAUGCCAAAGGAUGUUCUGGCUGCAUCCGCCCUGGUGUCAAAUGGUACUUCGCUCUUCGCGCCUACAACGAUUCUCAUUUCACUCGAUGGCUUCCGCGCCGACUUCCUGUACCGCAAUCUUACGCCGACUCUCAACCGAUUCGUACAAGAAGGGAUUUCGCCACAGUAUAUGCUUCCCAGCUUUCCCAGUGUUACGUUUCCAAAUCACUACACGAUGGCGACAGGAAUGUAUCCGGAAGCACAUGGCGUUGUUGGAAACACGUUCUGGGAUCCUGCGCUGGAGAAGGAGUUCUACUACACAGAUCCAGAGCGGAGUCUACAGUCGCACUGGUGGGGUGGUGAGCCCAUCUGGGUGACUGCUGAGAAGCAAAACGUGCGCACAGCCGUGCACAUGUGGCCUGGCUCAGAGGCACACGUCCAAGAUCAACAAAUCGCAUACGUUGACAAGUACAACGGCUCUGAACUGUUGUCCAAGAAGGUGAAUCGCAUCAUGGACCUACUUGAUACGCCUGGACCCCACGACAUCGGCGCAAAAGUUACAACACCACGCCCUCAGCUCAUCGCUGCCUAUGUGCCCAACGUCGACGCUGACGGCCACCUCCACGGACCCAACAGCACCGAGAUUCGCAAGACGAUCGCAGAGACAGACGCCAUGCUCGGCUCCAUUCUGAGCGGUCUUGAGGCGCGCAACCUGACAGAUAUCGUCAACGUCGUCGUCGUAUCUGAUCACGGCAUGGCAACGACAGACGUCUCGCGCCUCAUCCAACUCGAAGACCUCGUCGACCCCACAGAACUCUCCCACAUCGACGGCUGGCCCCUCUACGGCCUCCGUCCCAAGAACCCAGACGACCUCGCACGAAUCCACACGCAACUCAAGGAAAAAGCAAAACACAACCCCAACAUCGACGUCUACCUCCGCGACCACGACAUGCCAGACCGCUACCACUUCUCCAACAACCCACGCAUCGCACCGCUCUGGAUCGUGCCGAAAACAGGCUGGGCGAUUGUGACAAAGGAUGAAUUCAACGUCGAACAAGGCCGGCAAAAAAGCGACAUCUAUCAUCCCCGCGGCCUCCACGGCUACGACCACGAACAUCCGCUCAUGCGUGCGAUCUUCAUAGCUCGGGGCCCAGCCUUCAAACACGUGCCCGGCAGCAAAAUGGAGCCUUUUCGUAAGUCAAUCACACACAUACAUACACACACACCGGCAAGUCGGAGAAAUACCCACCCAACCCACCACUAA